AUGGAUUUCUUACUUCGAGGUUUGGACUUUACAAAGCCCUUUGCUCCAUGCUUCAGAUCCUCCAGAUCCAUCUAUGAUUUCAUUGUCAAGGAUAUCCGUAAAAAUGAUGUGAGUCUUAGUGUUUACCGUGGGAAGGUUCUACUGGUUGUCAAUGUUGCUUCACAAUGUGGGUUUACGGAAAUAAAUUACAAAGAGUUGAAUGAGUUGUACGCGGAGCAUAAGAAUCAAGGGUUUGAAAUAUUGGCAUUUCCAUGCAACCAGUUUCUUGCACAGGAGCCAGGAACCAAUGAAGAAAUUCUGAAUUUCGCCUGCACAAGAUUCAGAUCUGAAUUUCCAAUCUUUCAUAAGAUUGAAGUCAAUGGAAAGAAUGCAGACCCACUUUACAAGUAUUUAAAGAAUCAGAAAGGUGGGAUGUUUAGAGCCAUCGAUUGGAACUUCGCCAAAUUCUUGAUAAACAAACAAGGGAAGGUUGUGAAGAGAUAUGCUCAUACCAUUCAUCCUCGUAAAAUUGAGAAGGAUAUUAUAAAGCUUUUACAAUCUUCUUGA